AAAAAGAAAAGCGGGCAAAUGCUCUAACGAGGGAAAACACGCAGGUUUGCAUCUUUCAUUGAGUGCCUUGGCUUGAACGGAGCAACAGUAUGGAUCUGUCAUUCAUGGCCGCUCAGAUCCCAGUUAUGACUGGAGCCUUCAUGGACUCCUCGCCCAACGACGACUACAGCGGCGAGCACUCGCUCUUUAACUCGUCGGCCAGCGUCCACGCCGCGGCCUCGGCCGCCUCGGUUCACGGCCAGCAGGACGAGCAGCAGUCCAUGUCCAGCGACGCCAUCUGGCUCUGGAUCGCCAUCAUUGCCACUAUUGGAAACAUCGUGGUGGUGGGAGUUGUUUACGCCUGCACUUUCUGAUGAACCUGCAAAGACAAACUGCUUUUUUCUGGAUCUCUGGACUCGUGAAUGAG